UCCUGGUUGGGUUCCAUCUGCCUGGAGCUUUUAAGGAUAAAAAUAGUCUCCAUCAUAGACUGAAAAGGAUUUGGAUAUGUCUGAUCUCACUGGGAGGGCCCUGACCUCCUACGUACAUCUGUUCCCCACACCCACCCCAGGCUUAGGGUCAUCCUGUGCCCUGGGGGAUCUUCCCCUUGCAAGGAGAUGCAUGUUAAGAGCUUCUAGCAGAGGACAGCUAAGUGACCUUCAGGGGGAGCCUUUGGGCCUGUUCUUGUCUCUGCAGCUCGAUUUCUGGAGUGGGCUGCACUCUCCCCUACCCUCUUUGAGCAACUGAAACUGUCCUGCAGGCCAGCCCCAGUGCAGUGGCCUCAUCUAGCCAGAGGCCUGAGCCUGAGCCUGUUUCCUAUCUCUGUCUCAUCAGUACUCUGACCAUCGAGCGUGGUUUCCUCCCUUGUCCUUUCCAGACCCCUUACUCCCCACUUAACUAAACUUGCAUUUGGAAUAGGACAGAGGACAAAGACAUCAGCAAAAGCAUGAGCAACUCCCCAGGCUCCCCUUGGCCUCAGUUUCUCCACCUGUGAACCUGUGGUAGCCCCUCUCUGAGUUUGCUGUGAGGGCCGAGUGAGCUCACCGUGAGCAGAUGCAGCCGACACGGGAAGCUCCUGCUCUGCCACCAUGCAGGCAUGGAAAAUCUCUUUCCACUGGAAUCCAGGGGAAGAGAUGGAAGAGAAAGAAAAACAAGCUUGGAGCAGUCCAACCUGGCUAGGGCCUUCUGUUUCCUCAGGGACACCCCACACCCACCACACACUGGGAUGAGCGCUUGCAGAGGAACAAUUCAGAUGUCACACAUUCCAGGACCCACAUCCGUAAACACAGCCAAGUCCACCAGUGCCAGCACCUCCCCCCAGCAAAUCAAGCAGCUGUCCCAGAGGGCACAGGGCUCUGUAGCCAUUUGCUUUCCCCAGGGCUGCAGCCCUCAGACAGCAGUACUCAGAGUCCCUCUCAUCUCCGAGAAUAAACUCUGAAGCUAGCAACCCUGCGGACCUGAAUCAUCAGGGAGCCUGUCAGAGGAGGGGCAGUGACUCUCCCGGACAAGGAAGCAAGCUAUAUAAGUUCCAGAAGGCUGGGCUCUGCUCAGAUCUUUUCCAGCGGCUGCUGCUUACCAGAGAGGUGCCUUCGGAGACCCAGCACUUAUACAACACCCACCAUGUCCCAGGCUGGUGCUCAGGAAGCCCCCAUCAAGAAGAAGCGCCCCUCUGUGAAGGAGGAGGACCUGAAGGGGGCCCGAGGAAACCUGACCAAGAACCAGGAAAUCAAGUCCAAGACCUACCAGGUCAUGCGGGAGUGUGAGCAAGCUGGCUCGGCCGCCCCAUCGGUGUUCAGCCGCACCCGCACAGGCACCGAGACUGUCUUUGAGAAGCCCAAAACCGGACCCGCCAAGAGUGUCUUCGGCUGAGAAGUGCAUGCCACUCCCCUUGCUGCCCAAAUGCUCAGAAACAGCAGCCUUUCCCAGGAACUCUUUUUUAUGCCAGAACACCUCCUGUCCCCUGCCGUCUCUGGGGCUGCCACCCUCCCCCACAGUCCCGGCCCUUCAGCCAAGGGCUCUGCACCGGCACCUUGAAGCCCCAAUAAAGAGGAUGCACAAGUGGCCCCAGCA